AUGGUCCAUACCGCCGAAUACCUCCCCGCUAAGCCCUCAGACAUCUCUUCCGUCUUGCAAGGUGGCUACAACCACCCGCUUGCACGUGAAUGGCAGAGCGAGAGACAGCUUACCAAGUCCAUGUUCAUCUUUCCACUUUUUGUUUCCGACAUCUAUGACGAAGAAACAGAAAUCGCUCUGUUGCCCAACAUCAAGAGACACGGAAUCGGUAAGUUGUUGGAGUACGUCACUCCAUUGGUGGCCAAAGGGUUGCGUGCCGUCAUUCUUUUCGGUGUGAUCUUGAAAGAAGGUGUCAAGGACCCAGUAGGCACUGCUGCUGACGAUCCAGAAGGUCCUGUGAUCCAGGCGAUCAAGUUGCUCAAGGAGAACUUCCCCGACCUUUAUGUGAUGUGUGACGUAUGCUUAUGUGAGUACACUAGCCACGGUCACUGUGGAAUUUUGCACGAUGACGGCCAGAUCAAAAGAGAGCCUUCAGUUCGUCGUAUUGGUGCUGUGGCCGUUAACUACGCCAAAGCAGGCGCCAACUGUGUGGCUCCAUCGGAUAUGAUGGACGGCCGUAUCAAGGAAAUCAAGUUAGGACUCAUGGAUGCCGGCUUGGAGAACAAGGUGCUUGUGAUGAGUUACUCGGCCAAGUUCAGCGGAUCCUUGUACGGUCCAUUCAGAGACAUUGCUGGAAGUGCACCCAGUCACGGCGAUAGAAAGCUGUAUCAGUUGCCUAGUGGUGGUUCGGGUUUGGCUCGUAGAGCGUUGGUUAGAGACAUUGACGAAGGUGCAGAUGCAUUCAUUGUCAAGCCUUCUACUUUCUACCUUGAUGUAGUGAAGGAGGCAUCCAUCAUCUGUAAGGACUUCCCUCUCUGCGUUUACCAAGUCAGUGGAGAGUAUGCCAUGUUGCAUGCUGCUGCAGACAAGGGCGUUGUGGACUUGAAGGCCAUUGCUUUUGAGUCCCAUCAUGGAUUCUUAAGAGCCGGAGCACGCUUGAUGAUCAGUUACUUCACUCCGGAGUUUUUGGACUGGCUCGAUAUCUAA